AUGGCUUCUUCCAACAUUUCUCUGAACACUACUGAUGAAGUUAAUCAAGAUUUGAUUAGUAAUCUUCCACCAAUCGCCACUGAAAAAAUUAUGAAACGCUUGCCAAUUAGAAUGGCAGCUAGGAUGAGCGUGCUAUCAACAGAAUGGAAGAAUAAUUGGUUGUCUCUUAGACAUCUUGUCUUUGAUCAAACUUUCUGGGAAGUAAUCAGAGAUCCACAACCAGUAUAUAUCUACGGAGCAGCAGCAGAAGCAGAAAAAGUGAGCAGAAUUGUUAGCAAUAUACUCCUCCAUCACAACGGCCCUUUACAGAAGUUCUAUUUCUUUUGUCCACUCUAUGUGAAAGGAGAAUAUUUAAUGAAAUUGAAACUCAGGCGUUUUGUUCUGAAUCCCCCACCUCGUGACUUCAAGGGCUUUGCUGAUCUUCGUAGUCUUGAGCUAUUCAUGGUAAAAUGCGAUCCUGAUAUAUUUGGGAGUUUGGUCGCGGGUCCAAGGCUUACUCUGUUAAAACUUGAACAUUGCAUUGGCUUUGAACAUCUUAUUAUCGAUAUACCUAGUCUUAAAACCUUAGUUAUCAAAGGCGCAUUUCCUUAUCUUAGUUUCGAAAAUGUUGUACGGCUUGCAACUUGUUGUAAACUUCAACAUCUUGAAUUUUGGGGUUUGUGUCAGUUCUCGGCUGCAGGUGGUGUUGCAAAAUCGUUUCCUCUGAAAUUUAACUACCUGAGUAAGCUUUGUUUGAUAAGCCUAAAUUUGGGUCGCAUUGAUGUUUAUCAUUUUGGUUUUGGCAUGAUUCAGAGCUGUCCUUGCAUCAAGGAACUUGAAAUUUCGUUAACAUCAAACAAAAAUACUCUGGUACCGAAACUUGAAUACGAUGACAACUUCAAGUUGCCCCAUCUUCGGAAGGUGAGAGUGAUGGGUAUUAAAGGAUCAUUAGCAGAGCUGAAAUUCAUCGAGUAUGUGCUUGCUAUAUCAGUCGUGCUAGAGAAGUUCUUCUUCGAGUUUGGAUAUUUAGAAGAUGCUAAUUCAAAGAAUCUGGUGUUAAUGAAUCUGCUGCAGCUCCCUAGAGCAUCUCCAAAGGUGCAACUUGUUUGUUUGAAGCAAUAGAGGAUCGAUUCAAAACAGUAUUUUGUGGUGUUUGUAACAUGCAUUGUUGUUUUCCUAGCUAUUUUGCUUGAAUGAUUAAAAGAACUAUCUUGUGUCAUCAUUAGUGGUUUUGUCGAAAGACUUACUGGAAUAAUGAAGUAUCAUAUUAGA